AUGAAUUUUCACGGUAAAGUUGUUUCUGAACGUAUGUUUCAGUGGUUUUUUCACUAUUCCCUCGUCACCGGCAAACAAUUAAUGGCAACAUCUCAAAUAAUAAAACCUUUAACCAUCAGUAGACAACAAUCAAUUGGUCUUGGUGAACAGACAGUCAAAAAAGCCAAUAGAGUCAUAAUAGUUAAAGGUGGAAUAAAAUCAUUUUGUUUAUCGUUUGUUAUGAUGAUGUGUCGGGAUGCUAAUGACUUCGACUUGACACAAGAAAUCAAAGAUAGUUGUCAUGCGUAG